AUGUCUACUGCGGGCGGAGUGCCAGCGAGCGCAUUCUUGAACAGACCGCCGGUACGUAAAGGUCCUGAUGUGCCUUACAAGAACGAGGCGGGCUCGAAUCCCGUGCUUCGUGGUGUUACACUAGCUGUGGUAUCCAAAGUUGUUUCGUCGUCCAACUGGAUACAACGCAUCUUCUGGACGCUCAAUCGCUUCGACAAGCUCAAAGACACACCUUAUCUUGACGAGUAUGAGAUCCGUCUCGACCCGACUGUCUGGCCUCGCCAUGAGCCGGCUGGGCCACUGGGUGCUUUGACAGAACUUCCAGCAGUGCAGCCUCGAGCUUCCAGCACAAACUAUUACACAUGCGCCGAUUACCAUGAACUGUACAAGUCUGGGAAGCUCACCCCGUCCGACGUCGUCGAGCAGCUCCUACUUCUGAUACGAAGGGACGUCCAACCCGCCGGCAGGUACUCCGUCGCGUUCAUUGAUUCCAAGGUUGACCUCGUUCGAGCCGCUGCCAAAGCCUCCACGGAAAGAUAUCAAGCCGGAAAACCGCUCAGCGAGCUUGAUGGUGUGCCUCUGGCCGUGAAGGACGAGGUAGACUUGGCGGGCUACAGGACAACCAAAGGAAGCAGGCUCGACUUCACAGAUAAGACCGAUGGAACGGCAUGGUGUGUACAGAAGUGGCAGGACGCAGGUGCGGUAAUCAUCGGAAAGACGAAUAUGCACGAGGUUGGUCUCGAUACGACGAACAACAAUCAGACAUGGGGAACACCCUUGAAUCCACACAAUAAUGGCUAUUAUACAGGCGGCAGCUCCGGUGGUUCUGCUUUUGCCAUUGCGGCAGGCAUUGUUCCAAUCGCUCUCGGAGUGGACGGCGGUGGGUCAAUUCGAUUGCCUGCGGCGUUCUGUGGUAUUUAUGGCCUUAAGACAACUCAUGGCCGGGUUUCGCCCAGGGUGAGCAAAGACUGGAUUGACAAUGUAGCGGUCCAUGGCCCCAUGGCCAGCAGCAUCGACGACCUGGCUCUGGGUUAUCGCGUCAUGGCUCAACCGGACCUCUGCGCAGCGCGAAGCUCUGGCUUUCCUAGCAGCCUCGUCAACACGUCAUUCACUGCUUCGACCGGGAAGAAAUAUCUAGCAAUCGACCGCACGUGGGUCGAUCGCUCCGACAAGGUGGUCUUGGACAUGUUCAACGCCGCGGUUGAUGGCUAUGUCAAAAACCAGGGUUACGAAGUGGUCGAGAUCAAUAUUCCCUACAUCCCGGAGGGACAAAAAGCGCAUGCUCUGACGAUUCUCUCUGAGGUUCGCAGCCAGCUCACCCGCGAGAAGAUCAAGAAACUGUCGUGGCACAAUCAACUGCUCCUGAACGUGGCUGGUGGGCAUGCCACUGCGCAAGAUUUCAUGUUCGCCCAGAAAUUACGGAACCUCCUCAUGUGCCACCUUGCAUGGCUUUGGGAGAAGUACCCUGGCGUGCUGAUAUUAACACCAACUACGCCAUGUGCCGGAUGGAAGAUCGGCCAUCCCACCGACCUCACCAGCGGCCAGGGCGUGAGUGAUGGUGACAUGAGCUUGCGAAGCAUGGAGUAUGUAUAUCUGGCGAACUUUACGGGGAAUCCAGCCAUCAGCUGCCCGAUGGGCUACACUGAUCAGAACGUUCCCGUUGGCCUUAUGGCCAUGGGAGAUUGGUGUAGUGAAGAGCAACUCAUCGCGUUCGCCAGGGAAGGCGAGUCGUUCCUGGCCGGCGCCGACGGCAUUCGCCGGCCGAAGGAUGAGCAGAAUUGGAUUGAUAUCCUUGCUGAGACGAAGCCUAGCCAGUAG